AUGUGUGACGACGAGGUGACCGCACUUGUAGUGGACAACGGCUCCGGUAUGUGCAAAGCCGGCUUCGCCGGAGACGACGCUCCCCGAGCUGUGUUCCCAUCGAUUGUGGGCCGACCCAGACAUCAGGGAGUGAUGGUUGGUAUGGGUAACAAGGAUUCGUACGUUGGAGACGAGGCCCAGAGCAAGAGAGGUAUCCUUACCCUUAAGUACCCGAUAGAACACGGAAUCGUUACCAACUGGGAUGACAUGGAGAAGAUAUGGCACCACACCUUCUACAACGAACUCCGUAUCGCACCCGAAGAGAGCCCUGUCCUCCUGACUGAGGCCCCCCUCAACCCCAAAGCCAACAGAGAAAAGAUGACUCAAAUCAUGUUCGAGACCUUCAACAGCCCCGCCGUCUAUGUCGCCAUCCAAGCCGUACUCUCCCUCUACGCUUCCGGUCGUACCACUGGUAUCGUAUUGGACUCCGGAGAUGGUGUGUCACAUACCGUCCCCAUCUACGAGGGUUAUGCUCUGCCGCACGCCAUCCUGCGUCUGGAUAUGGCCGGUCGGGACUUGACUGACUACCUGAUGAAGAUCCUCACCGAAAGAGGUUACUCUUUCGUGACAACCGCUGAGCGGGAGAUCGUUCGCGACAUUAAGGAGAAGCUCUGUUACGUGGCCCUCGACUUCGAGAACGAAAUGGCGACCGCCGCCACCUCUUCCAGUCUUGAGAAGUCCUACGAACUGCCCGACGGACAGGUGAUCACCAUUGGAGGCGAGCGUUUCCGCGCUCCGGAAGCCCUGUUCCAGCCCUCGUUCUUGGGUAUGGAGGCCUGUGGUAUCCAUGAGACGACAUACAACUCGAUCAUGAAGUGCGACAUCGAUAUCCGUAAGGACCUGUUCGCUAACACUGUCAUGUCUGGAGGCACCACUAUGUACCCGGGUAUUGCCGAUCGUAUGCAGAAGGAGAUCACUGCCUUAGCCCCGGCCACCAUCAAGAUCAAGAUCAUUGCACCGCCCGAAAGGAAAUACUCGGUUUGGAUCGGAGGUUCAAUCCUCGCCUCUCUGUCCACUUUCCAACAGAUGUGGAUCUCGAAGCAGGAGUACGACGAGGCCGGACCUGCUAUUGUUCACCGCAAAUGCUUUUAA